AUGGCGGCACGUGUGGAGCUCUCUUAUCCGAACGACUUCCUAGAGGUGGAGCUCUCUUAUCCGAAUGACUUGCUAGAGAACUUACAUUCACUCUGGCAGAAACAACAGUUCUGUGAUGUAGAAAUAUCAUCAGCUGAUGGAUCAAUUGUGAAGGCUCAUCGUGUAAUACUCUCGGCGGGAAGUGAAUAUUUUAAGGAUAUGUUUACUGGUGGAUUAGCUGAGGAAACAACACAGUCUUUUUCAAUAGAAAUGAAGUUUAUGAAAUCCAAUAUAUUAAUUCGGAUCAUUCGAUUCAUGUAUACUGGAAACAUUGAGAUAACAACGGAAAAUGCUCAAGAGUUAAUAGUUGCUGCAAACAUUCUGAAAGUUCACCAUGCUGUAUGUGUUUGCGCGGCCUUUCUCACAAGUGAACUUCAGUCAUCCAAUGUUUUAAGAUUAUACAGGUUAGCUGUAGCUCAUAAUUUAGUACCACUGCUGGAUUCUUCACGGGACUUCAUAAUCACAAAUUUCUCAAAUGUAAUAUUGGAGAAAGAGUUUCUUGAUACUCCUAGAAACAUUAUACAAGAGCUUCUUCUAGAGAAAAAACGUCAAAGUCUUGAAGAAAACUACAAGAAAGAACAGUUCCACCAUUGUCCUACCUUUAGUUAUUUUAACUUUAACUACGGGAAUGAAUAUUUAAAAAGUGGCAACUUAUUUCCCUUUUUCAGUGCGUAUGAUAUAGUAAUUGCAGGCCAGGGCAAAGCUCUCAUCAAGACGGACAUACAGGUAGAGUUACCAGAAGAUUGUUAUGGCAGGGUGGCACCACGAUCUGGUCUUUCCUGGAAGAAUCACAUUGAUGUUGGAGCCGGUGUUAUUGACCGAGACUACCGGGGAAAUGUUGGCGUUGUUCUCUUCAACCACGCCAAGACUGAUUUUGAAGUAAAAAAGGGUGACCGAGUAGCUCAGCUCAUAUGUGAAAAAAUCGUGUAUCCAGAUAUAGAGGAAGUUGAGGAAUUCGUGGACACAGAACGAGGUGCUGAUGGUUUUGGAUCAACUGGAAUGAAGUAGAAAAUCCAUCCAGAAAAUUUUAUUAGAAAAAAAAUGUUUCUGUUUAUAAAUGAUUUUAU